AUGGCUGAGUACAUAGAGACUGAUCAAUGUGUUAGUGCAUGUGGGGUUGAUAGGAACUCUGUUGGAAUAUCAUCUGAUGCCUUGCUUGAGCCACAAUUCACUACCAAGCUUUGCUCUCCAUCUUGCUACCGGAACUGCCCCAACAUUGUCGAUCUUUACUUCAAUUUGGCCGCCGGAGAAGGAGUGUUUUUGCCAGAUCUAUGUGAUAAAGUGAAGACCAACCCUCACCGGGCCAUGAUCGAGCUCGUGAGUAAUGGUGCUGCCCCUGGUCCUAUUUCUAGUGAAUUAUCCUCUGAUUUCAGUGCCUCUGCCUCUGCCCCUGCCCCUGCCCCUGCUUCUUUCUAAUGAAGUUGAUUGAUCAACUGGUUCUUUGCUAUUCGAGUUGUUUGAUCAACUGAAGAAUCACUUUUUCUAUGAAACUAUUGUGAGACAAAGAAGAAAUAAAUAGGAAAAUUGAGAGAGAAGAGGGAGUUUGAUUUCAUUAUUUUCUAUGGGGUUUGUCGAUAAUUCAUCUUAUGUAAUUAAAUGAGAUUCUAUUGAACAUUAUUUUCGAUGGGGUUUGUAGAUUCUAUUGAUUCU